CCCGCCCCCUCGCGCCUGGGCAGCCUCGUCCGAGGCUUCGGCAGUCACCCCUGCCUCAGGAUCAAACAUGUCUACUGAGGCACAAAGAGUUGAUGACAGUCCAAGCACUAGUGGUGGAAGUUCUGAUGGAGAUCAACGUGAAAGUGUUCAGCAAGAACCAGAAAGAGAGCAAGUUCAGCCCAAGAAAAAGGAGGGAAAAAUAUCCAGCAAAACUGCUGCUAAAUUGUCAACUAGUGCUAAAAGAAUUCAGAAGGAACUUGCAGAGAUUACUUUGGACCCUCCUCCCAACUGUAGAGUCAUGACCACCUACGGAACAAAUGGGUUGUUAACUGCUUAUUGUAUUUUGAAAACUGGGUUCAUACCUGAAGACCUCUCAUUUAAUCUACUUUCUGAAGGAGAAGAGCUAAUGGCUGCCUCCACCAAUUUCAUUUAUAUGUCUCAUUUCAGUGCUGGACCCAAAGGAGACAACAUUUAUGAAUGGAGGUCAACUAUAUUGGGACCCCCAGGAUCUGUUUAUGAAGGAGGAGUGUUCUUUCUUGACAUUACCUUUUCACCAGACUAUCCAUUUAAACCCCCCAAGGUUACCUUCCGAACAAGAAUCUAUCACUGUAAUAUUAACAGCCAAGGCGUGAUCUGUUUGGAUAUCCUAAAGGACAACUGGAGUCCAGCCCUAACCAUCUCUAAAGUUCUUCUCUCCAUCUGCUCACUUCUCACAGAUUGCAACCCUGCCGACCCUCUGGUGGGCAGCAUUGCCACACAGUACAUGACCAACAGAGCAGAGCACGACCGGAUGGCCAGGCAGUGGACCAAGCGGUAUGCCACAUAGGGGCCUGCGACCGCUGCCCCCGCCGGACCUGUGCAAGCACAUUCACCAAGUGCAUCAAUAGCCCUGCCACCCCUCUGGACCUCGGUUCUCACCUUCCCAGUUUUAUUAAAUUUUGAGCUGUUUUGUGAUGGUAUGUCAUUUAUCACUCCCUUCUUCCUUCUUUCUCUCUUCUCUGUCUUCCCCCUUUUCUCCCUCUCUCUUUUCUCUUUUCCUUUUCUGUUAACUUGAAAGAUUUUGGGUUUUUUCCCCCACCUCAGUGUGGAUGGGAACUUUUGUUUUCGGUGCAGAUGAUGUUGGAUCUGUAAUAGUAAGAGCUUUCUUACAAAGCUUUGUAUUACUGUGUGGUUUUGUUUCUGUUGUUUGUUUUUGUUUUUGUUUUUCUUUUAUGUGAUAUUUGGAAAACCACAAAUUCAGAAUUAUAUCUUGUUUCUACUUAAAUGUAGUGCUUAGGGUUAAUUUUUUGUACUGAAGUCUUUAUUGGUGGGUGCAUGCUACUGGGAACAAGUUUUUGUACAAAAGCUUCAAUCAGAAUCACUGUGCAUUACUGAGACCCUGUUUAUCACUAGUCUUCUGUCCCCCACACAGAAGACUAUCGGAUUGAACAAAAAAUAAUGUAUUUUGAUUUACUUAAAGUGCUUGUAAAUUUCUUAGGGACCUGCCACUCUUGACUGUGGAUCAGUUGAUGUACACUUGUAUUAUUAAAGCACUCAAUAAAUCACUGUGGCUGAUAAAUGUGCUUCAGGUAACCUGGCAUUUGCUUUCUGUCCUGGUGACCCUGAUGUGCAGUGAGGUUUAUCUUGCCUAAUUCAAUUGCAGAUUCAAGUGUAUUUUUACCUCAAACUUCUAAAAUUUCUUCAUAGUUGAGCUGCUUAGCAUGUAGAAUUUCUCUGUCAAUAACCUGUGAUGACCUUAUAGUUGUUAAAAUGGAUCGCUGUCAUUUUACAUAUUGGCUCUACAACCUGCCUGUUAAAAUCUUCUCCACUCAACAGUAGUACUGUAGCUCCAAAAAUAGCCUUCUAAUGAAAGUGCCAUGUGAACCAAGCAUCCUCCCACCCUUAAGCUUCUUUCUUUCUCUUCAAAUUUUUAUGAUGAUUGCUGUUGAGCUUUAUUUUGUUUUUGCUUUUAAUUUUGGUAGAAAAACGAAACAAACUCAUCUGUAUCAGUCGUGGUCAGUCUGUGACAAGGGUAUGUCUGCCCAGCUUCACUGUCGGGCUAUUUGUGUGCUGCUUGCUACUGGAGGCAAGGGAAAUGUGUGGGCGGCGAUUUUUAAAGCUGGCUUGCUGGUUAAUAUUCAUAGCUCUUUGCAUUCUAAACAUACUGGAAACUCCUGCUCCACUAAGCAUAGUUGCUGGCCCACCAUAUAGUUUGAUCUCAGUUCAAUAACCAUUAACAUCUGUAUUUCUAAGAGGUAGGAUUUUCAAAUGUUAGUCAUUUCCCUGUGAAGAUUUAAACAGAUAAAUAUCUGAUUUGAAAGGUG